AUGACAGAAUCACCACAAAAGAGACACCUAGGCCAGGGUAUUGAGAGACAGAACGAGCAGUACGCGUGCCAGGGCGCGCUGUCGACCAUAGGCAUGCGCAUCCGCCAGUCCGUGGACCGUGGCUACCAAGUCAGCGGCGCGGCGCCCGCGCCCGCCGCGCGCACCGCUGCUUCAUGCGUGCAGGACAACUCGGAACUCACGAUCCCCGACUACAAGCGCGUGCCCAUGCCAAGCUCCAAGCAGGCGCCUAUGCUGGUCAACUCGCGUACGGUCUCCAGCUCCAGCUCCCUCGAGAUGUGGGAGAACCAGCUAGACGAGCGCCUCGAGCACAUCGACAACGACAUCAUGCGCAACAAGCGCGCUUUCGAGCAAGUUGAGGACUGGUAA